AUGUGCAACUCGAUUAAAACUCUGUGGAGAAAUAUCAAAUGCGGACAUUUAUUCGGACAUUACAGACGGUCGCCUGAGCUGGUCAAAGAGCAGUGGCCCAUACGCGUGACCGUAAUCGAAGGCGGAGACACUGGAACGGCGAUGUUCGCGGCCGUUAGAAAAAUCUUCAAAGCGGCCCACGUGCCUGUGGAAUGGGACCAUCAAACGCUGAGCGUGUACCGCGACCACAACCGGUUGACCGUCAAUCCGAAAUUGCUGAAUUCUGCGAUCGAAACGGGACUUGUACUUGCGUCAAGGACCACUACGAAACUACUCGUUGGAGUCGUUGGCGCUCCACAACGCACUCAACGCGUUCGUCGACGUGUGCAAGUUCAACGUGUGUCGUCUGACACGAGCCGUACGGUCCCGUCAACAUGA